UGUAUGAGAGUUUUUAUCUAAAGUAACACCAAAUGCUUGGAUUACGAACAACAGCACGGGCCUUGCGGUCAUGGUGUAACAGGACUUUAACGAAUUCAAGUGCAGUGAAAUCAGAUUCAAAAACAAUGUACUUUAGCAAAAAACUAUCUUUUUCGAAUAUUAAUAAAUCCUGCCGUUCUCAAUCUAACUUAAACUUUUGUGGAAUAAAUAAAAGAGAUUAUUCAUCAACUGCAACUCAAGAACAUGAAGAAGGAAGAGAUGCAUCAUCUCCAGAAACUGUUCAAAUCACAUAUAUAGACCGUGAAGGUGAAACCCAUGUCAUUGAUGGUAAAGUUGGUGACAAUGUCAUGUAUUUAGCCCAGAGGCAUGAUUUGGAGGUUGAAGGGGCAUGUGAGGCAUCGCUGGCAUGUUGCACAUGCCAUGUUUAUGUCAAGGAUAAGUAUUAUGAUAUGUUGGAAGAACCAACAGAGGAAGAAGAGGACAUGUUAGACCUUGCACCAUUUCUUCAGGAAAAUUCUAGACUUUCAUGCCAAAUAAUACUUUCUAAAGAAAUAAAUGGAAUUGAAGUUCAAUUGCCAUCAGCCACACGGAAUUUUUAUGUUGAUGGUCAUAAACCAAAGCCUCAUUGAUAUUGAAUUAUUUGAAUACCAUUAAACCGGAGUAGGAGUAUAUAAAUUCAAGCAUAUAUUUUAAAAUUCUAGAAAUCGCAAAAGUUCUCAUAGCACAUAAUAAUUCAAGUCACCAUGAAAUGAAAGUUGGCUAUCUAAGAAGCAUUUAAUCAUGUUUCACUGUUUUAUAUUUACAACGGACUGAUCUUCAUUACAACGGGUCGCGAUGGCCUAGCCCUAGUGGUUAAAGCAUUGGACUUUAGCAUAAUCUAAUCAUAAAAGGUUGAAAAUCACGGGUUCAAAUGUCAUACUUACUCACCCAGUGCAUAAUAAAUUGAGUGGGCAAUUAAUGGCUUGUACAGAGCCUUGUUCGUGAUGGAAGGAUAUAUAUAAUGUUGAAUAAAAAAUAUAUUAGAUUGAUCUAUUUUAGUAUCUUUCUGUAGUUAUGGCCAUAUUAAGCCUUUAUUUGGUAUAUUAUUUAUUAUUGGGCGUAAAAAUUGAGUUACUGGUUUUGAUGACUAACUAAGGGCUGGAGAAUAUAAUCAUGUUAGGUUUUUAAAUUGUUUGGGUCGGUAUUCAAUACUGCGAGUAAUUACCGUAUUGGUGUAAAAUUCACCCAAUUAUUUUUAAUCUUAUUGUAUAUUGAAUAAUAUGCAUGAUAAUUUUAAAUGCAUAAUUGCCAUUUUUGUGCUUAAAUAUAAAAAAAAAUUUCUGAAUGUGAAGUAAUCAUCGUCUUGAAAUCUCAUAUUGGAAUAGUUUUAUUCUCCCCCUUGAUCGUCUACUUUUUAUUAACAAUUUUGUUGGUCAUUGGGCCUUAUUUUACGAUAUAUUGAGCUAGGGAUGGCUAAAAAAAAUUCACCAUGCUUAUUGAGACAUAUUAUAAUAUUGUUUUUGAUUGUGGAAUAUAUUUUAAAUUGGGUCAUAAUCAACAGAAGUCAAAGUAUUUAAAUUUGGAGUUGUAGAAAGUUGAGAAGAACUGUGAUUUAAUUAGUACUCUAUUUUUAUAAUUUUUGGAAAUUGGGACUUUUCGAUCAUACUGGGAUUCUGUGGAACACCAAUUGCCUUACCAAAUGAACUAUUCUGAAUUGUUCCAAUAAAUCAAGAAUUUUUUAUAUGGAAUAUACUGUAGUUGGUUUUCAAAUCGAUUGGAAUAUUCGAUUCGCUUUGUGACAUCCCUGCACUAAAUUUAUCCAUUGUAUUUAUUCUCCCAAGAGUGAGUAAAAAAUCCGGUUCAAUGUACAUAUUCAGCUGAAUGUACAUGAUUUUAUUAUAUAAGAUUUGCCAUUUUUCGACCGCUGUGGAUGCAAUUGGUACAAAAGAAACAUAAAUCAAGUUGUUUGACCACCAUUUGCCUAGAAUCUCUACUCGAAAUCUGGACACAUUAGGUAGGUUGUACCUUCUUGGCCAAUGAUUUUCUUACAAAUGCUGCUCAUGACAGUUUUGCUGUGUUAUUUUGAUGACAUUUGUUUGUAAAUUCGAGGUAACAAAGUUCAAACUGAUCGAUAUACUCCCAUACUUUCUGUUCUAGGCAGGCCAGAGAGUAUUUGAUCUAACACAAUAAUUGUUCCUCAUUAAAUUGCUUAUUUUCUGUGUUAAUUUUUCACUUUCUGUUGUUUCCAAACCACA